AUGCCAGGCAUCGACCCGAAGCUCAUCCAGCACUCACUCAACAUUUCCAAAUCGGCAAAACCAGUGAUUCAAAAACCUCGGCAAUUGGCAUUUAUUCAUGCCGAAGCAGUAAACGAAGAAGUGAGCAAACUUCUCGAGGCGGGUGCCAUCAAGGAAAUAGAUCAGUUGGUAGAUGCAACAGCGGGUCACGCUCGGCUCAAUUUUUUGGAUGCCUACAGAGGUUACCACCAGAUAGCCAUGAACCUAAACGACAUGGAAAAGACGGCCUUUAUCACCCCCAAGGGCCUCUUUUGCUACCUUGUUAUGCCGUUCGGUCUUAAGAACGCGGGGGCCACAUUUCAAAGAAUGGUCUACUUAUUGUUCAGAAUGCUCAUCGGUGAGAUCAUGGAAGCCUAUAUUGACGACAUGAUCGUCAAAAGCCUCAAAGCCGAGAACCACCUCUCUUACCUUGCCGAAGUCUUUGCAAUACUGAAGAAGUACAAGUUACGACUAAACACCGACAAAUGUGCCUUCGGAGUUAGCUCAGGAAAGUUCCUCGGUUAUCUCGUCACAUGGCGUGGCAUCGAAGCAGAUCCGAACCAAAUCUCCGCAAUUCAGCAAUUAAAACCACCAUCGACUCCUCGGGAAAUUCAAAAACUGACAGGGAUGGCGGCGGCCCUUAACAGGUUUAUUAGCCGCUCAUUAGAUAAAUGCCACGUUUUCUUCCAAACAUUAAAGAAGCAAAGCCGACAAAGCUUCAAAUGGACGGAUGAUUGCGAUGCAGCCCUAACCGAGCUGAAAUCUUAUCUUUGUUCAUCCCCGCUCCUCGUCAAACAACAGGCAUUUGAAACUCUCUACCUCUACCUGGCUGUUUCUCCAUAUGCUGAGCAUCCUAUCAUAGUCCUCACAGAGUUUCCACUGAAAAACCUCCUAAGGAAGGCCGAUCUAUCAAGCCGAGUCUCUCAAUGGGCGAUCGAAUUAGCAAACUUUGAUAUUCAUUUUGAGCCUCGAAUAGCAAUCAAGGCCCAAGUAUUGACAGACUUUAUUGCUGAAUUCACUCCUGGAAGCCCAGACGAAGAAGCCUUGGUUAGGCCUGAUUAUGGAAUGCUGGAACAAGACGAGGCUCGGAAAACAUGGAACCUAUUCAGUGGGGACGUUUGGAAGCUACAUGUUGAUGGGGCAUCAAACAGCAACGGUGCGGGUGCAGGGGUUGUCCUUCUGAUCGUUAACCAAGUAACAGGGGAUUAUGAAGCUCGGGACCCAAGGAUGCUAAAGUACAAGGCUACGGCUCUUGAGCUAAUCCAAGGGUUCAAGGGGUUUCACAUUGAACAGAUCAACAGAGAGAACAACGCUCAUGCCGAUGCUCUGGCAAGUUUAGCCUCGGCAAGCAAAGCAUCUGAAUACAGAAACAUCAGCCUCGCCGAGAUCCACCAGCCAAGCUUUGAAGUCCCUGGGGAAGUUCUUAGCAUUUCCCUCGGUCCUAGCUGGAUGGAUGAGAUAGUCUCCUUCCUCAAGAAUGAUACGCUCCCUUCCGAAAAAAAGGAGGCCCAUCGUGUACGCAGCAAAGCAGCCCACUAUUGGAUCUCUGAGAACGACCAACUCUACAGGAAAAGCUUCACCGGGCCAUAUCUUCAAGUAGUUCAUCCGACCGAGGUCCCAACAAUAUUGACCGAACUUCACUCUAGAAGUUGCGGUUGUCACUCUGGCGGGCGUUCCCUUGGUCAAAGAGCUCUAAGUCAAUGA